UUGUAGACCACCAAAGAUGAAACAGCUAAUUUUGAUUUUUUGUGUCUUUGGCACUGUUUUUUCACAAGCGAAUCGACAACUAAUUAAUGGAUUGGAUGCAUCAAUACAUUCCUAUCCGUAUAUGGCUGGGAUUUAUACAAAUUCUGUCUUUACAUGCGGUGGUGCAAUCAUUAAUUUUCGGAGUAUAUUAACUGCAGCACAUUGUAUAUUAUCACAUCCGCAAGACAUUACAGUAAGUGUAGGCGGAGGUCGUCUUAAUGGACAAGAUGGAUCACUUCUACGAGUUUCUCACACUUUUAUGCAUCCUGACUAUAGGGGAAUCCACACAGCUAUUGUUGCGGAUAUUGCAGUCAUUCGGACCCUUUUUCCAAUCGCAUUUACAACACGCGUUCGACCAAUUUCGCUCGGCAGCAGCUUUCCAGUUAGUGCAAAUGAAAGGGUUACAAUAACAGGUUGGGGAUUAACUGGCACCGAUGACAACAGUGAUUUAGCCCAGAGCUUACAAACUCUCGAAAUGUCAACAAUUUCAAAUAAUGUUUGUGCAUCACUUCAUCAAAAUACAAUGGCAAGAGGAUGGAUAACGAGCGAGAAAAUUUGUACUGUUGGAAUUCAGAAUAAUCAACAAAAUUCUGGAAUUUGUGCUGGCGAUUCAGGUGGACCACUUGUUGUUCGUAAUACAGUCGUUGGAGUUGCUUCGUGGACUAUUCGUCCUUGUGGUACAUAUCCAUCUGUUUUCAUCAGAACUUCAAAUCACUUGAGAUGGAUAAGGGAUAAUUUGUAAAAGUAUUUUAUUAAAAGCAAGGCAAUUACUCUCUGGAUAUUUUUGGUAAAAACUAAGGUAUAAUUAAUCGGUGUAUAUUUGUGAAUGUUCAAAAAUGACGUCACACGGGUAGGAAGUGAAAUAGUACAAUGCAUGUUUGAAGACUUUUGAAAAAACACGUUUAAAUAUUGAAAAAUCAUUUCACAUUCACGCUCAUAAGUCUAAAUUUUAAGAGGAUUGUUUUAAGUUAUCAGAUAAUCCAAAAAAAAGCUCUUCACAAAGUUUUGUGAAACUGGAUAUAAAAAGUAUUUAAAAAACAUGAGAUUGCUUUUCAUUUAUGUGAUCAGCAUGUAAAGCUUUAUACCACCGAGAAUCGACAAUAACAUGAUUGCAAUUUUAAACAACAUAAUUAGGGGCCGUUCAC